CACCGACCAUCAACCCCUGCUCGGACUACUGAGGCCUGAUCGCCAGACACCAACGAUGGCGGCAGCUCGCAUUCAACGGUGGGCACUGUCCCUGGGCGGCUACCAGUACAAGCUGCAGUACGUGCCUGGAAAGCAACUACUGACAGCCGAUGCCCUAAGCAGACUUCCAGUAGAGGCGACUGGGCCAACGUUGGAUGGCGACCCACCCGAGUACGUCUUGUCAUUGGAGGCCCUAGAUGAAGGCGUACCCUCCAAGGGGAAGGAAAGUCUCCUGCGGAGUUGCUCCUGGGCUACCAACUACGUUCGCGCCUGGACACGUGUUUGCCGCCCAGGGCCACAGGUUCAGCAACAGGUACGGAUGACUGGGCUAUCUCACCAGGCAGCAGAGUGUAUGUGCGGAAUUAUGGCACCGGCCCAAAGUGGGCGCCAGGGCACGUGCAGUCUACGUCUGGAGCCAGGAUGGUAAAGGUGGAAACUCCAGCCGGAGUAGUGCGGCGCAAUGUCGACCAAGUCCGCCACCGUCGUGAAGGUACCACUGGAGGGAAUGGUUAUGACGCCAUUGCAAGCGAACAGUUGGACGGGCUACUUGACACAACUGGCACUGCCUCUUCGACUCACGUGACAAGCACGGACCCGGCAGCACCAGAGCAUCGCGCGGUAGACGUGGAAACGACCGCGGCUGAACAGCCACCGACGGGCCACAUUGACGAACCAACUCGACCGACGCAGCAAGUUCCUGACGUCGACGCGACCGCCGAAACGACUGACCCAGCACAGACUCCACUACGGCGAUCGACAAGAACUCGGAAGCCGAUAGACCGGUUCUAAAUUAAGUUGGAAGGAAUGUUAUAUUGUCUGUUGACGUUGCUGCGCACCAGCCAAGCCAGCUGUGCGCGCGCACGCUUUUUGCACCCUCUCGUCCGUAUACCCUUUCCACCCUCCGGCUCCUGCGCCGAGUUAUCAGCGGCGUUCCCUCUCCUAAACCCUUUC